UCGAGAUUCGAGUUUGAGUGUUUCUAGCCUGCUAUGCAGUGGUUUUGGUUUUGUCUUUAGUUUUUGUUAUUAAACCCCGUUCCCCUGCAACCUCCUGCCUCCUCUCCUCUCUGCGCCUGGGUACUUCCCUUUCCCCCCGUAACAUUAUGGAGCAGCCUUACCAGUACCCAGCAGAGGGGACCUGUCUCUGGUGGACCUCUGGCUCUUCCCAGGUCUACAGGGACUUCAAGGGGAGUCGCCUGGCCGUAAGGGGGGGUCGACCACGUCACCGCCGCCCUCACCGCAAGCCCUCCCCAAACUCCUGGAUGGAGCUGGACAUUCUCCAGCCACGGGCCUUCCUGGACCCUCUGGACCAGGACCUGUGGCUGUGGGAGGACCCUUACCUGGAGGAGGUGGGGGUCGAGCCCCAGUGGACUUUGGAGGGUCAGCCCCCAGCCUCCUUCUUCAAUGGGAGUCGACUGGCUGUAAGAGGGGGCCGCCGUCAUCGCCGCCGCCCUUCUCGGCGUCCCGCCCUGGUCCCGGAGGUGAACCCGGAGGCACCCCGUCCCGUUCCGGCUCCUAGGAGGGUCCCGGAGGCACCCCGUCCCGUUCCGGCUCCUAGGAGGGUCCCGAAGGCACCCCGUCCCGUUCCGGCUCCUAGGAGGGUCCCGGAGGCACCCCGUCCCGUUCCGGCUCCUAGGAGGGUCCCGGAGGCACCCCGUCCCGUUCCGGCUCCGAGGACUGUGCUGGGCCCACCACGACCCGUUCCGGCUCCGAGGAGGUUGCUGGAUGCAACUCCUCCAGUUCCGGCUCCUAGGAGGGUCCCAGUCGCACCUCGACCCGUUCCGGUUCCGAGGAGGUUGCUGGACGCAACUCCUCCAGUUCCUGCUCCGAGGAGGGUGUCGGAUCGUCCACGACCGGUUCCGGCUCCGAGGAGGUCGCCGGACGCCACCCCUUCCGUUCCUGCCGCGGACCCCCAAUCCGAGCCGCCUGCAGCGGACCCCCAAUCCGAGCCGCCUGCAGCGGACCCCCAAUCCGAGCCGCCUGCAGCGGACCCCCAAUCCGAGCCGCCUGCAGCGGACCCUGACUCAGAGCCGCCUGCUGCGGACCCGGAGCCGCUUGCAGCGGACCCUGAGCCGCUUGCACUUGCAGCGGACCCUGAGCCGCUUGCAGCGGACCCUGAACCCGAGCUCUGGACUUUUGAAGGUAUGGGUGCGAUCUUUAUAGGUCACCAGCAGUUUUGCAGGAUGAAUCAGCCCGUGCCGAAUGCCCCGGUUACGCAGCUCCCGGCGCACCGGGUCAAACUGCUUCCUCAGUUGGUGAAGCCCCGUGGCUAA